AUGAGAAGUUUCUCCCUAUUCGCGUUUUCAGUCUUGUUUCAAUUCGCACUACCCAACACUUUCUACGAGGAUCCGUUCGCUCAGCCAGACGUCAAUGUUCUUUUCAACUGGACCUGGUUUCAAGCAAUUCCGGCGCUUAUAUUUUACGCGUUAUUCCUGCGAAAUGGGUUGAGAGUGGUGGAUGAAGAGUUGACCGCCGAGAAGUCGACAAGAAUCCGUUGGCAUAUGACAGGAGUUGUGUGUUUCGCUGUUCUUCACUCGAUUCUCUAUGUUGUCCUGGUCUACAACGUGGACGCAGUGUCUGUGACGUACCGCCUCAUCACCCUCCUCUCCCUUCUUGCUUCCUCUGUGCUCUGGGGACUUCUGAUGGUUGACUACAUGGCAAUUUUUACCGAAUAUGACAUUUGGUUCUUCCCAAUGGCCCUAUGUACCCUUAUUUCAUGUCUUUGUAUGACGAUGAUCGUUCCAAAGAGUUUCCAUCCUCUAUUCUACACACUGAUUUGUAACUGCUUCUUUGGAAUCUAUGAAUUGGUGUUGAUGUGGAGAUAUGGGUUAAAGAAAUAUACGCUUUCGGAGGAUGUUAGUUUAAUGGAACUUGUAUGUUUGAUUUAUUGUGUUUGA